AUGGACGAUCAAACCAUCAACCUAGCCCAGCUUCAUUACAUAGCUGAGCAGCAGACUCGGCACUCAUGUAUAUGGGAGGGCCAUGAACAUUCACACCAAUACCCUAACUUCAAGGAGUUAUGGGCGUUUGUAACACCGAGACUUCGCCAAGAGUACAUCGAGCGAGUUGAGCUGCUUGCCUCAUCAUCUACGACGGCCGAAGCGGAGGCCGACUAUGAAGGCAAUUUAAAAAUUCUCUAUGAAAAAUGUUUUGCAAGCAUGACCAAACUUGAGGCUGAGAAAGCUUCGUCCGUACCCAACGGCGAUGAUGAUGAUGAUGGUGCCGCAUGCUCUCAGGAUGAGGAUGAUGAAACGGCCGAAAGAAGUAUUUUUCCGAGCCAUGACCCAAGAGAAAAUGAAGACCCCAUGAUACCUGUCCUGGAAUCUUCUGUCGACGCAGGAGUGCUGGCGUUAGAAAAUCUACAGCACGUCUUCGGUAAAUCUGAUAUCUUGUUGGGCGACACUAACUGGAAAAACGACAUUGAAUUGGCACUUUCGUUUUCGCAGACGGAAAAAGUGAUUAUCGGGGUUGUUGGCAGCACUGGUGUCGGCAAGUCAUCUCUCAUCAAUGCCAUCGCUGAUGAAGAAAAUAUACUCGCAACAAACUGCAUGCGUGCCUCCACUGCAGUGGCAACAGAGCUGUCAUACAACGAUGGAGAGUUCGGGUACAAAGCACGCAUUGAAUUCAUCCAACGCAGCGAGUGGGAACACGAACUACGCAUACUCUUCAAAGAGCUCUGUGACAGCUUGGUGGAUGUCAAAAGAGAGAACGUUUCAAAGGAUUCUAAUGCUGGGGUUGCACUUGACAAGAUUAAAGCUGUGUACCCUUCACUGGAAGUGGAAGACAUCACGAACACAUCGGUUGAAAAGCUCUUGGAGGAUCCCAACGUUUUAAAUCUGCUUGGGAGUACCUUGAUAUUUGAAGAGAACAAACCCCGAGUCUUCUCUCGGAGACUAAAGUCUUACAUCGAUAGUAAAGGCAAAAGGCGCGGCUCGAAGAAUGCUUCACAGAGGGGCAGCGAUAUAGGACUUUGGCCGCUUAUUCGUGUGGUUCGAAUUUAUGUCAAAGCAAAGGCACUGUCUACCGGCGCUGUCCUUGUCGACUUGCCCGGUAUCUUUGACUCUAAUGCUGCGCGUGUGGCCGUCGCAGAAGACUAUAUGAAACGUUGCUCAGCUCAUUGGGUUGUCUCGCCUAUUAAUCGAGCCGUGGAUGAUAAAGUCGCUCACGACCUUCUAGGACAGAACUUCAAGAUGCAGAUGCAUAUGGACUGUGCUUUCAAUAACAUCACCUUUGUAUGCACCAAGACAGAUGAUAUCUCUGUAAGUGAAGUACAGGACUCUCUAAGACUGGCGCUGCCGUCAGUGCAGAAGCGUGAACAUCAAGAUAAACUAUGUGCUCAGUUACGAAUUGAGGUGAAUGAGCUUGACAAGAGCAAAGACCGUAUUAUGGACGAUAUUGGCUCUAUUGCCGACGAGAUCGAGGAGCUCGAGGCUAGUCUGUCCACUGAAGAGUCCCAUUUGAGCCAGUCUGAUAAUAAACCCAACAAAGAAAAGAUUUCCACUCCUGUUGAUAACUCCACCUCUGAAGUGCAAAAGUCGAGUUGCUCUGAAACUGAAGACCGGACGAGGCAACUUCAGGCUCUUAAAGCCGAGAGGAAACAACUUGAGCAUCAGAGACGUCAACUCAACCAAUAUAUCAAAAGCAAAAAAGCAAAAGCCAAGCGACUUGAACAAGAAUCUGAAAACAUGAAAACAGAAAUUAUCCGAGAGUGCAUCAAUGCCAGGAAUAUCUAUUCCAAGGAUGAGAUCAAAAAGGACUUUGCAUGCGGCAUCCGCGAGCUAGAUCAAGAGUUUCGAGAGGAUGAAGAUGAGACAGCAGUUUCUGGCACAACUUUGCCAGUUAGAGACUAUGAAAACCUGGCGAACGAACUUCCUGUGUUCUGCGUGUCCACAAAGGCAUACCAAAAGCUUUGCGGUAGACUUCGGAAGGAGGUCCAUGUGACUGGGUAUACAAAGCUGGAGGAUACUGAAAUACCCCAGUUACAGCGCCAUUGCAUAAGUUUGACCGAAAAGGCAAGGGAAGUAUCGGCACUACGAUUUUUAGCCCAACUGAAGAGGCUGUUCCAGUCGAUAUCACUAUGGUCGCUAGCGACUAGUCCGGCACAUAUCAUGUCAGAUGAGAAAAUACGAGAAUUGGAAACAGGAUUCAACUUAGCCGUGGAUAACUUAAGAAAGCGCUCUGAUGCACUUGUCGAAACAUUUGACGUGAACAUCGUCAAUCGACUUGACCGAGCAAUAAAACAUGGCUGUGUGGAAUUUCCUCGCAUAAUAUCUCAAUGGAAUGCACCCUGGGCCGAAGGAGGUCUUGCGUUCAAUACGUACCGAGCCAUUUGUCGUCGUCGAGGAGUAUUCAAGGAGCGAGACUGGAACCAAGAACUAGCCAAUCCUUUGUUAGACAAGAUCGUCGGCGGUUGGACAAGAACAUUUUGUGUGAAAGUCCCUCUACAGCUCAAUGAGUUUGCUGUCAGCUUGGAAGGCAGCCUGCAGGAGUUUCACACCAGAGCAAUUGCCCUCGCGGAUAGAAGCGCUCCCUCCGACAAGAAUACUGGGAUGCCGGAAGUGAUGCUAAGUACCUAUUGUAAAACCCUAGGGCAUGAGCUCAAGCGGGUGGAAGCAUCAAUAAAGUCCGAGCAAAAAGAAUUGAACAGAAUAUUUGCCAAGACGAUUGAAACAGAGCUACACCAGGCGUAUGAAGAGUGUGCGGAACAAUCUGGCCAGUAUUGCCUGGUCCGCAUGAAAACCAUAAUGACUCGCCAGGCGGCAGACAAUUGUUCCUAUGUGCUUGGACACAGUGUCGAGCGAGCAGUACAGAAGAUAAAUGACCUGCUGAACAUGACACGCGAAAAACUAGGGCAGGUGGUAGAAUCGACCGUGAACCAUGUGUCGCGCGACUACCGCACGGCUAUCGUCGAACCUCAAAUCCGCAAGUUCUCUGAUGACCAGAUAAAGCUCAAGACUGAGGUAACCGAGAUCAUACAGAGCACAGAGGCAAGGAUACAUCUAGAUCAACUCCUGGGGCUUAACAAGGAAUCGAAUGGCCAGGAAGAAUUAUCUGUUGCACCUGAGGUCUUGAAGAGCGAAGAGGAGCCAGGAUUGAUGUACAAGGAGGAGAUGCCCAUUAAGGUAGAAGACGUAUGUGGUCUGCACCCUGGACUUGAUCUUCUGCAAACCGACGUAUGA